AUGGAUAUGAUGGACUACAUCGAUCACUGCUCCAACAGUCCCUGUGGCUUCUUUCAGCCGCGUGGAAGGGGUAUUUAUGGAGGCCGAGCGAGCCCCGCAAGCUGGCCAGUCUGUCUGCUCGAGACAAACCCUUUCCGCACCAGAAUGGCGCGAACGGAGCAUAUCAACUGCUAUUGCCGCAACAGGGAAGGGUUCAUUACGUUGCUGGGACUGGUCGAGGCGGGCUUCGACGCAAACAUCGUCACCAGAACGGGCGCCAAUGAGCUAAUGUCUUGCGGAUACAUAUUUGAUAGCCUGGAUGAAGGCAAGCUGAUCCGAGCACCGGGCGGAACCAUCUAUACGGGGACAAGAAUAGUCACCGCCGCCAUCUACGCGAGUCGAGUAGGGCGCAGGAGCGAGGAUGAGAGCUUUUACCUCGUCGACCCGGAGCCUGCACACCUGUUAUGCGAUCUGGUUCUGGGACAGGAUUCCCUUAUCAGCAAGAAUCUCACUGAUAACAGCGCGGCUCCCACCGUCUUCAGACCCAAGACCGAUGCGGAGAAAAAGAAGCAGCAGGACGAGGACAAGAAGAAUGAUGAGAAGGUCCGGGCCGAGCAAGAAAAGGUGCGGGAGCAGAAGCGAAGCGAACGAGAGGCGAAUCGACGGCGUUGA